AUGAGGUGUCCUCUGGGCGCCGGUUCCGGCCACAGCGCCGCCUGGAGAAGGCUGCUUCUAACAGGCACCCUGCUGGCAUUUUUCCCCUGCUCUGCCUCCUCGGAGCUGCCCUCCUCUGCGUCCCUAGACCCCUUGACUGAAGGAGCCGAUGCCCACCUGCCAGUCCCCAGAAGCCUCGAGGGGGUUCUCUCCACUUCGUGGUUCCGAGGGCACGAGGCCCGGCCAGAAGCCAUGAUCUUCUCCCCUGGGGGCCUCCCAGGGCCCGGCCACACUGGCCGGGAGACGCUGGACACCCAAGGCAGCCUGAUCAUCAGAAACGUGACAACUCGAGAUGCCGGCAGCUACACCGUGGUGCUGGAAACAAGCAGGGGACGCAGGAGUGCGACAGAGCAGAUACAGGUCAAGGCCAGCUCUGGUGGGAUGCUGCUGCUGACAUUCCCGGGGAAUAAACAAGGUAUCCUCCGGAGUGAACUCAACUACUCAGUGAUUCUGCAGUGGGUGGCUUCAAUCGAACCUGAACCUGUGCUACGAUGGACCUUCAAUGGGCGUCCUCGCGGGAUCGGGGAGAGGCUGAUUAUCCAGAGGUUGUCCUUGGAGGAUCUAGGCACCUAUGUAUGCUUGGCCGAGAACAGCCAGGGAAUGUAUAUCUCCCAGCCUGUGACUGUCAUGCUGCCACAAGUCAUCGUGGAUCCCACAGACCCUGUGCCCAUCAAGCUGAAACCCACCCUCUCCCUAUCAGGGGGACCUGCCAUUGCCCUCAUCGUGGCCGCACCUGUGGUACUGGUCACAAGCGCGGUCUUCACCUUAACCUGGAAGCUAAGGUGUGAUUGACAAAGAAGAAAUGGAUGAAGCAUUUGGGUUUUUUUUUUUCAGUUUAAAUAAACUGAAUAAAAAUUAAAAAACAAAUAAAUGAAUCUAGAUAAAA